AUGUCCACUUUGUUUGUGUGCUCCUUUGCUGGGUCCUCCUCAACUGAGGAAUCUCGAAGUUACAUGAAAGCCAUUAACCACUCUAUGGUGAUGUCUGACAGCACUGUGGGCACUAACCGUGCUUUGCUGAGGGCCAACAUGCAGGCGGAUACCUCCUUUCAGCGCUGUUUUGCAUCUUCGUGUACUGUUUCAAAUAACAGCCCUAUCCGAGGGGGAGAAAGCUCUUCUGGAACAGAACAUCCUUGGCUUGAAAGCAGCAGCGCUAAAGCUUCCCCAUCGCUCCAGCUUUCAAUGGGAAACCACAGGCCACCGGGAGGUUACCUUGUGCCUUCUGAAUUUUCAAAUGCCAUGCAAGAUGUCUCUCUCUUGUCUCAUUUCCAAACUCCAGGACUGCAAGUUGUCACUCUGAGCAGCCUGGAGAAUUCACCAGCAGAGCAAGAACCUGCUGUCAGCAGCAGUACCCGAGCUUACCUGAGCUACGGCGGGGGCAACGUGGGCAGUACCCCCCCACAAGAGGAGAAACAAGCUACUUUCAUAGCCAAUACUAGGAUCUCUCCUAAAACCAUGAGCUCAUCUGUGGCAAGUGCCGAGGACAAUGGCUUUUUGACACAAAACUUUCUUACAGUGGCCUCUGGACACAGUAACCAGAACAGUGCGGUUUUUUUUUAUGGAGGGAACCUCCAUGCUCAGCCACCUCUCCCAGAGAAAAAGAGGUCUUCUGAAGGAGACCAUUCCUUUGCCUCUGUGUCACCUUCUUCAAGUGGCUUCUCUAGCCCUCACAGUGGAAGCACAAUCAGUAUCCCCUUCCCAAAUGUCCUCCCAGAUUUCUCAAAAAUGUUAAGCACUUCCCCAGUGCCAGAAAACACAACUGAUAAACAGGUGACCGUAAAAUUUGUCCAGGACACAUCGAAGUUCUGGUAUAAGCCAGAUAUUUCAAGAGAACAAGCCAUUGCUGUUCUCAAGGACAAGGAACCUGGGUCAUUCAUUGUUCGAGACAGUCAUUCUUUCCGGGGAGCCUAUGGGCUAGCAAUGAAAGUUGCUACACCACCUCCUUCUGUGUUGCAGUUAAACAAGAAAGCUGGAGAUCUGUCAAAUGAACUCGUAAGACAUUUUCUGAUUGAAUGCACUCACAAGGGGGUGCGCUUGAAAGGAUGCCCAAAUGAACCGUAUUUUGGGAGUUUGACGGCUCUGGUGUAUCAGCAUUCCAUCACUCCACUGGCAUUGCCCUGCAAGCUCCUCAUCCCAGACAGAGAUCCCUUGGAGGAGAUAGCAGAAACUUCUCCACAAACUGCUGCAAACUCAGCAGCGGAGCUUCUCAAACAGGGUGCAGCAUGUAAUGUUUGGUACCUGAAUUCGGUGGAGAUGGAGUCCCUCACAGGCUACCAAGCAGUACAGAAAGCCUUGAGUCUGACGCUGACGCAAGAUCCUUCUCCCAUCUCCACCGUUGUCCAUUUCAAGGUGUCUGCGCAGGGAAUUACGUUGACAGAUAAUCAAAGAAGACUCUUUUUUCGGCGACAUUAUCCAGUCAACACUGUUAUUUUCUGUGCUUUGGAUCCACAGGACAGAAAAUGGAUGAAAGAUGGCCUUUCUGCAAAAGUAUUUGGCUUCGUUGCCAGGAAGCAGGGCAGUGCCACAGACAACGUAUGCCACUUAUUUGCAGAGCAUGAUCCAGAGCAACCUGCCAGCGCCAUUGUGAACUUUGUAUCAAAGGUCAUGAUUGGAUCCCAGAAGAAGAUCUGA